CCGGGAGGAAACACCCCCAACGCUCGCGCGCAGAGCCGCGUUCCGUGACCUGCAGCCCUGACACUCACCUGGGGAGCAGAAGCCGAGCGACAGCGCGCCAUGGAGUCCCCGGUGAGACCGGGCUUCCACCGGGUGGAGGUCCAGAAAACCACGUGGGACGUCGCGGACAGGUACGCGACGCUGCGGCCCAUCGGCUCCGGAGCCUACGGGACCGUCUGUUCUGCCUUGGACCAGAAGACCAAGGAGAAGGUGGCCAUCAAGAAGCUGUAUCGUCCGUUCCAGUCCCUCAUCCACGCCAAGCGGGCCUACAGGGAACUCCGGCUGCUCCGCCACAUACAGCAUGACAAUGUGAUCUGCCUCCUGGACGUCUUCACACCGGAUGACACGCUGGACAAAUUCCAAACCUUCUACAUGGUGAUGCCACUAGUCGCCCAGGAUCUGGGCCACAUCAUGAAGAAGCGCAUAUUAACUGAUCGCAUCAUCACAUACCUGUUCUACCAGCUGCUGAGAGGACUCAAGUAUAUUCACUCUGCUGGGAUCAUUCAUCGGGAUCUGAAGCCUGGUAACCUCGCUGUGGAUGAGAACUGUGAAUUAAAGAUCCUGGAUUUUGGUCUGGCAAGACAGACGGAGAGUGAGAUGACUGGGUAUGUUGUGACGCGCUGGUACAGAGCACCAGAGGUCAUAUUCAACUGGAUGCACUACAGUCAAACAGUUGACGUCUGGUCAGCCGCCUGCAUCCUGGCUGAGAUGAUUACUGGCCAGGUGCUUUUCCCGGGACACGACAGUAUUGACCAGCUGACUAAAAUCCUCCGGAUGACAGGAACGCCAGACUCCUCCCUGGUCCAGAAGAUGCAGAGUAAGGACGCGCAGUCGUACGUGAUGGGUCUUCGUCCGCAGAAGAAGAAAAACUUCAAGGACGUUUUUGCGUCCAUGGAUGAAAAAGCUGUAGGCAUCAUGGAGGGGAUGUUGCUGCUGGAUCCAGAGACGAGGCUGACGGUGAAGGAGGGAAUUUCCCACCCGUACCUGGCUGAAUAUCAUGACCCGGAGAGCGAGCCGGACUCGGGGCCUUACGACGACUCCUUCGAGAGCCUGGAGCUCGCCGUCGGGGAGUGGAAAAGUCUUAUCCACAUGGAGAUCAUGACCUUCGACCCUGACAACCCCAGUAAGACAGCCAUGUAGGCCGCGGUGAUGUGCCGGCGCCUCCCAAUGGUUGGUUAUAAUACCAACUGUAAAGCAACACUGUGAGACUCAGACGAACACAAAAGAACAAUACAAAUCUUUUUGGUGCAUCAGAUAUGUGGCGCGAUCAGAAUGCAUUAUGCUUUAGUUGGUACGGUGGCCUGUACAGGACAGUAGUUAACAGAGAGUUUAGGCUCCCUUAGAGGUUGUUUCUAAUCUGUGAUAUUCAGAAGCAUGUUGAAGUUGAUGAAAAGAAAAUGCUGUACCAUCGAAUUAUAAAAAUGCUGUCUUCUCAUUUCUCAAUGUGAAUCAAAUCCAUCAACGUCUUAGCUCAAGGUCCAUUCACUUCUCCUGCUUCUCAUGGUUUUAUUUCCGUGACGUGGUAGAUGCUUACUUUACAUGUAUUCAUGAUGUGGAAAAAAGUAUUGAAUGCAACUACAUGAUUUUUAGUGCUGGAAUUUUUUCCAAAAUUAAAGGUGAUAGAAAAGAA